AUGGAGCAAAAAUCACCUAAAGAUGAGAGCACCGCCAAGGGACAAGAGUCUCUGUCCUACCAGCGGAGGAUGUGGAAGAAUUUCCAGGAGAAAACCAAGCCUUGGCUCAGUCCUAAACUGGGAUCGGAGCGUCGGGGUGCCGGGGGCGCGGAGGGCAGCAAAAAGGAAUCGGGGUUAUGGAUGUUUAAGAGGAAAAAGAAACAAAUGGACCGGGUGUUUUCGUCGUCUCAGCCGAAUCUGUGCUGCUCUCCGCCGGCGCCUUUUGAAGGAGAUAAGAAGUCCCUUGGAAGCGACGCGGUCCCGGGUACCAGCAGCGACGGACAGCCUCUGCUACACCCCCUUGGCGCAGCUUCUGGAGCCACAGGGAGCAAACCCGAGCUGGCGGCGCACGGAAGCCCCAAACUCCCCGUAUCCAAGCUGAUCACGUAUCAGCAGAAGAGCUCCUCUCUCGGCUCGGCGUGCUUCGAGAAACUGGUGGUGGACCCGGCCGCGGUGGGGGGAGAGGAGGAGCAGCUGCGUAAAAACGCAAGUGAUUCUGUGAGUAAAGAUCAUGUGGCAAAAUACGCAUCUCGUAGAUUAUCUGCUACUACCGAGUAA